GGCUAACGCAGAUCGCCUGCUUCAUUAGAUCCUUGUUUUACAGAGCGCUAAACAGCGCCGCUUUUCCUCUUGGUUCUGAUCUUCGUCUUGAAGCAACGCGGUUGAAAUAUAACCUGACCGACAAGCUCUUCACAAUGCUUCGCCUUUCACCGCUCAAGCUUGCCUCUCAAAUAAGGAGCUUUUGCAUGUUAGCGAGUUCCGAUGCCGAGAAGGCCAUUGCUGCUAAGCUGAAGGAAUCCAUCAAAGGCGUGCAGCACAUAGAGGUCCAGGACACGAGCGGCGGAUGCGGCGCCAUGUACCGUAUCGCCAUCACCGCUGAGGACUUCAAGGACCAGCCCAUCGUGAAGCAGCACCAGCUGGUUCACCGGGUGCUCGCGGAGGAGCUCAAGCAGUGGCACGGCAUCUCGCUGACCACCAAGUCGCCCGCCAAGUAAUUCAGCUGUGGGAGCUGCUGGAUCACUGGUUGUGUGGGGUCACGUGCUUGAAUCCGGAGUCGCGGACGGAGACGGAGGGAGCCGGGAUGCCAGGAGUGUAGCCAUGGAGGAGUGGCCUGCUGCGGGCUGUCAAGGGUUUAGCCAAACCUUUUGGGGUAGGCAACCUUUGGGAGUGCUGGCAGCAAAUGCGACCGAGGAGGCGUAGGAAUCAUGUGGGGAAGGGGUACAAGGAGAAGAUCUAAGCCUCGUGUGAUAAGAGCUUGCAUGCGGAGAAUGGGAAUAGCUGAGAAGCCUCCUGUGGCAGGGCCUCGGAGCUGCGGCUGCGAUAGCGCUCUAGCACGUGUAUUCAGACGCCUGUAGGCGCCCGAGUAGACGGGAGAAGAGGUGCAUGUGCAGGGAUGGCAGGCAGCAUCUUAGCGGAAGAUCCGGCGACCGGCGUCGCGCCCCCGGCGAGGGCGGGGGUUAUUGCAUGGUUGAGACCGGCGGUGUAGCAGAGCGGCGGACAAGUGGGUUCGGAAGCGGUCAGCGUAACGGGGGAAAAAGAGAAAGAAGCUAUGCGUUGAAUGACAGCGAGCGGGGGAGGGAGGAUGCGUGCGCAGCGGCCUUGUGGUUUCUCCAACACGGCUAUUUUGAUAGUGUUUGAGUGUGUCUGUGGCUGGCGGUGGGUUUCACGCCGUCAGUCGCUGCUUGGUAUGUAAGGAUUCCUUUCAGACGUGCGAUAAGGGGCGACAGUGGUUUGUGGGAUGGGGGGUUGAUGGACGAGAGGCACAUGCGCCUGCUAGGAGGGCCCUGCAGCCUGUAGUGCUGCUGCUGCUGGCUGGGGGCGCAUGUGGUGCUGCUGCUUGCAUGCAUGUGUAGGCGUUUGAGGCCUUUGGAUGGGGCUGCGGUACGGCAUGCGUUGUGCGUUGCGUACGACAGCCUGAUGACACGAGUAACAACAGACUUGUAAGGUGGUUCAGGCAGACGGUAGUGGUAGGAGAGUAGGAGCGACG